GAUAUAUUAUCAAAUCAAAGAGAUAAAGGAACGAAAGUAUACUCUAUAUAUGCAUCUCUUUAUAUAACAAAUUAAAUUACAAAUUUUAUACAAUCUCGUAAAACACAAUAUAUAAUAUUUAUGGAAGGCUCCAGGCAUGAAGCCAGUUUGCUAGUGAUGAUAUUUUUCAUGUCCUUAUUAGUAAUAUUUGUUAUAAAAUAUUUGUUCCUCAAAAUAGUGGAUGAGAUGAAGCCUCAUAGUAGUAAUGCAGCAGUACUAGUACCACUUCCUCCAGGUCCUUCCCCUUGGCCAAUUCUUGGAUGCAUUCCGGAGAUGUUGCGAAACAGACCCACAUACAAAUGGAUCCACACUCUCAUGAAAGAAUUGGACACAGACAUUUCUUGUAUUCGACUCGGGACAAGUACUCAUGUUAUCUCUGUCACCUCUCCGGAGAUUGCCAGAGAGUUCUUGAAGAAACACGACAAGGUGUUCGCUUCAAGACCUCUCACGCGUGUCACUUGUUUAAUCUCCCAUGGAUACAUAGAGACCGUGUUAGCACCAUGGGGCGACCACUGGAAGAAGAUGAGGAGGGUACUUGUGUCUAAUGUACUCAACCACUCUACACUUACUUGGCUUCUCCCCAAGAGAACUGAAGAAGCUGAUAAUCUGGUUCGCUUUGUUUAUAACCACUCGUCCGCUAAAGGAGAAGGAGAAGUAGUAACUGUGAGAAUUGUCGCGCAACAAUACUUAGGAGGCGUAAUGAGAAAAAUGAUGUUUGGUAAAAGAUAUUUUGGGGAAGGAAGGGAGGAUGGAGGGCCAGGUAGAGAAGAAGAAGAGCAUGUUGAGGCUGUGUUUGUUAUGCUUUCACACAUUUAUGCCUUUUCUGUGUCGGACUAUCUUCCGUGGUUGCGAUGGUUGGACUUAGAUGGCCAUCAAAGGAUUGUUCGUAAAGCCAUAAAAGUGGUGAACAAGCUCCAUGACCCAAUAAUCAAGGACAGAAUCCGAGAAUGGAGAAAGGGCGAGCCUAGUAUUAGUAGGAAAACCUCCAAUGAUUUGCUUGAUGUUCUCAUAUCGCUUAAAGAUUCUGAUGGAACCCCACUUUUGUCCGAGGACGAAAUUCGAGCACAAAUCAUGGAAUUGUUUCUAGCAGCAAUAGAUAACUCAUACAACGCAGUAGAAUGGGCACUAUCUGAAAUGUUAAACCAGCCAGAGAUGCUUAAAAAGGCAACAAAAGAAAUCGAUAGAGUUGUUGGCAACAAAACCACACUCCUCCAAGAAUCUCACAUCCCUCAACUCCUUUACCUAAUUGCAUGCAUAAGAGAAGCUCUCCGCCUCCACCCGGUUGCACCCUUCAAUGUCCCACAUGUCUCUACUUCCGACUGCAUUGUAGCUGGCUACUUCAUUCCCAAGGGCAGCAACGUCCUCCUCAGCCGCUUGGGCCUCGGCCGCAACCCUGUUGUAUGGGAUCAACCGUUGCACUUCAAUCCAGAUCGCCAUCUUCAUGAGAAGCAACGUGACUUGUCAGAGAUAGAUCUUCGGUUUAUCAGCUUUACCGCAGGGAGGAGAGGGUGCAUUGGAGGGGAGCUAGGGACGAACAUGACGGUCAUGCUUUUGGGAAGACUAUUGCAAGGUUUUACAUGGACGAUUCCUGAAGGAAUGGAGAGCAUAGAUUUGAGUACUGAAGAAAGCUCAAUGUUUAAGGAUAAACCAUUGUAUGCCCAUGCAAAACCUCGCUUGAAUCAUUCUCUUUAUUUGUUAUAAUAAUCAUCAAUGUUAUUGGGUUAUGUACGUUAUUUUAACUUCUUCUUAUAAUAUAAGUAUUAAUGAUCUCUUGUUGUUUUCUUA